AUGGAUGUGUUUCUGGAUAUUCUGGACACCUUUGUCUUUGAUCGAUGCUACGCAUUGAUCUUGCCCAACGGGAAAGGUCCAAGUAUCCCUACUCCAGGUCCAGACUUCUUGAAUCAAAAUGUGAGGGCGUAUUUCCCCCUCGAGCCGUCAAAAUGGGCAGAGGCAAGCGAGUGGAAACGAGAUCAUAUUGCUAGACAGGCCGUGUCAUUGUUUCUGAUUACAUGGAUCUUCGGAUUAUUGACAUACCUCGUCGGCGGCUUGAUCCUCUACCACACGAUCUUCGACAAGAAACUACUCCAGCACCCACGAUUCCUCCCAAACCAAAUCCAACAAGAAAUCAAACAAGGUCUAACCGCAAUGCCCGUCAUGGCCCUUCUCACAGCUCCCUUCUUCCUCGCCGAGGUCCGGGGAUGGUCGAAGCUAUACGAUUUCACGAGCGAGGCCCCAUUCCGCGCCUACACCUGCCUGCAAUUCCCGCUGUUUGUUUUCUUCACUGAUAGUGCUAUCUACUGGAUCCACCGCGGCUUGCACCACCCUCGUAUCUACCGCUGGCUGCACAAGCCGCACCAUAAAUGGGUCGUGCCGACGCCGUUCGCUAGCUAUGCCUUUCAUCCGUUCGAUGGCUGGUCGCAGAGCCUGCCGUAUCAUGUUUUCCCGUUGGUGUUUCCGCUGCAGAAGGCUGCCUACUUGGGACUGUUUAUUUUUGUCUCGAUGUGGACGGUGUUGAUUCAUGACGCUGCAUACCUGUCCGAGUCUCGAGUUGUCAACGGGUCUGCAUGUCAUACGAUGCAUCACUUAUACUUCAACUACAACUACGGACAGUUCACCACCUUCUGGGAUCGUCUUGGGGGAACGUACCGUAAGCCUAAGGCUGAUAGUUUCAUGUGCAUCCAUCAGCAGACCAAACAUAUCGGUGAUAAACAGGAUUGA